AUGGGGCCUAAACGGGACCAGCAGAGUUACUCUAAUCGAUUUCGACGUCAGAUAGCAAGGAGAAGAAAAUACCUGAUCACAGAACGUGAGAAAUAUCUGCUCAAUGAGCAUGAAACGAGACAAUUGUUGAAACGCUUUGCAAUCUGGUAUCGCACUAACUACUCAGCGUUCGAGACUGUGUUGGACAGUUUUUCCAGCAACAUUGAGGGGGAUGCGCUGGUUGAUGUGUUCAAUGACAUGGAUGCCCCUUGGAAUUCGAUCGAGACAUAUGUUCUGUUAGCCUAUUUGGAUCGUGAAGAAUACGGAUUUGUCACAUCGGAAAUGCUCAGUCGUCUAGCGGAGGUGGUUCGACCCGAGACUACAGAAGCUCCCUCCGACUCGGACACUCUCUAUGAAGGUUUACCCGACCCGGUUGAUCGGGAAACCAUACCGGUCUACGUCCGAUUCGCAUCUUCGCUGGCUCCUGAAUGUCCCCUCAAUCUGGAUCUUUCGAUGAAUGUGAACAGUACUAUAAAAGAUCUAGCAUACAAAAUCGGGCAUUCAGUUGAUUUGCCCACAAAUGAAAUUGUUCUGAAAUCGGAUCAGUACAGUGAAGCGAUUUUGGAUGAAUCUAUUCCUCUGGGAUCGUUGAUGCAGGAUGGCUAUGUAGAUCUUUUCUACGACUACAAACUUGGAUUGACAGACUGUCCGGUUGUUAACUACGAUGCGUAUUUUACCUGGAGAACCGUCGAUCGAAUAUUAGAUUUGUGA